AUCAUCGUUGAAGGUGGUUGGGAGACCUCCAACCUACUCACCUGGAGGCGGCCGAGCCAGCGCCCCUCAGCAUCCCGGGGGGCGCGCGGCCGGAGCUGUCACCUGCGUUCAGGUCAGAGGUCGCCAGAGAGCGGCAGGGCCGGGCAAGUCCCGGGGGGCGGGCGCAGUCUGCAGCCGGUAGCGAGAAUCGAAACUCAGCUGUUAAAACCGCGGCCCCCGCCCUUCGGAAUCGCAUCUGGAGACCCGCGAAGCGUCCCAGCCCCGCCCGCUUCGCUCCCGCAGCAGCAGCGGCCCCGGCCCCGCGGGCUCUGAGCCAUGUACACCCGCAGUAGGGUGCUGGGCUCCGGGUCCGGGGUCCCUGCCGCCUCCCGCCCGGCGCGGGACCCCUCUGUGCGGAGCAGGGAGCUGGGCCCGCCGGAGGGUCCCAGGCCGGGUUUGGAGGCGACUCCCGAGAGCCCUUCGCUGGAGAGUCCGGAGCGCACGGCCCCGAGGUUCACAGGCGCAUAUACCGUGAUAGCACCAAAUGAAAAGCGAAGAAAUGAGAUGCAACGGAUUGCUGAGAAAGAGCUGGAGGACCUGGAGAGAUGGAAGGAGAAACAUAGGGCUCAGCCCAUUAACCUGGAGCCCAGGCGGCUAGGUGGAAGCCAGUCAGAGGCUGAAGUCAGGCAGAGACAACAACUUCAGCUGAUGCAAUCGAAAUACCAGCAAAAGCUAAAUAGAGAAGAAAGCAUAAGAAUCAAGAAGGAAGCUGAAGAAGCCGAAAUCCAAAAAAUGAAGGCAAUUCAGAGAGAAAAGAGCAAUAAACUAGAAGAGAAAAAAAGACUUCAAGAAUUCCUUAGAAGAGAAGCUUUUAGAGAACAUCAACAGUACAAAACUGCUGAGUUCUUGAGAAGACUGGACACCGAGUUGCCAAGCAGAAGUACCUGUCAAGUUGCUCCUUGCGCCAGAAGCUGGGCUUGUAUGAAUUCCCUAAAGGAAGGGGAAAAUCGAAAAUUGCAAAAGAUGAAGGAAGAACAACAUCAGGAGAGUGAAUUACUGGAAUUUAAACGACAGCAACAGGAGGAAGGAAGAACCAAAACCCACCAGGCUGAACACAGGAGGGUAAAUCAUGCUUUUCUGGACCAACGUCAAGGUGGAGGCCAAGCAGGUGGCCUCCAGGGCUUUGGAGGCCGUUGGAAUAUGAACAGUCGCAACAGCUGGAAUAUGUGAGAAAUGUUUGCUUCCAUCUGGCCUUUGUCAACUGACCUCGGAAAACCACACGAGAUGCUUUUUACUUCAUGCAGCUUCGUUCACCCUUGCUGUUUUCACCUUGACUUCGGCUGCCCAUCCACUCGGCUGAGCAGCUGGGGACGGCUGGUUUCUCCCUGUCCUUGCUUCUGCGUGUGCGCAGGAGCUGCCUGCUGAACUCCCACUUCAUCUCUGCUGCCAGUGACGUGUUACGUUAUUUUUCUAAUUGGUCUCACCUCUCACUGGGAGUGUAAUUACAGCCAUACUGCUAAGAUAGAAAAGAAGGGAAUCGCUUGAUGCUUUCAGGUUGGUGAAAACUAUGAGUAGCGCUUGCUCGUUUCUGUAAACAGCUAAUUCUCAUCCAAUUCUCAGAUCAGGUUUGGAAAAGCUUUGGCAUCUCUAGAUUUGAACUCCUGCCUUCUUAAUUCAGGCCAUAAAGGUGAGAAAGAGAAAAAAAAAGUCUUCUAUACUCUUUUAAAUAAAUUUAUAAAUAAAUUUUAAACUA